UCCCUUAAGUCAACCUAACAAAGUGUGUAAGCAUACCGAUCAUUAAGCGUAAAUGUAAUUAAUAAUUUAAUUACUGUUACACCAGAGCUUAAUUUCUAAAAUUAGAAAUGCUGGAGCCCAACAGAAGACCGUCAGCAAAGAGGAACAAAGAAAUUUGAGCAACUUAAUUGAAAAUUAACUAAAGAAUACGAUAAAAGAUGCCAUCUUCCAGUAAUGAGGAUAAAGGUAUUGAAACAGCGAAUGUGAAAAAAAUUUCCUUGAAAAAAUAUGUCAUUAAAGUCUUUAUGGACUCAACUGUGAGUGUUGUGUCAAGCAUCUUAUGUACUGCCGAUAUUCGUCGGAAAAUAUUCCGAACUUUAGUGCUUUUGUUUUGUCUUACUGGUUUCCUGUACCAAUGUGUCACCUUUCUACAAUAUGCUUUUCAGUAUCCUACGGAUCUGGAGAUUGCCAUAGAUAAACCAACCAGUAUAGAAGUUCCAGCUUACACUUUCUGUAACGAUAAUCCAAUUAUGAGAACCAAGUUUUGUGCAAAAUAUCCCGAUCACUGUACUUUAGCUGAUAAAACUAUUUGCAAGAGAUAUCCACAUUAUUGCAGAGCAGUAGAAACAGAAGAAAUUUGGAUUCCUAAAAAGGAAUAUUAUCUUUGGGAUCACAAUAUGACGUUAGAAGAAUUUGUAGAGUUAGGCCAGAACUUAACUGAUUUUUUUAAUGGCAUUGGUGGAUACCAAGAUAUUCAAGAAGAAAACGUUGAAGGACCUUUCUUGAGGACAAAAGGGAUGAUUUCUGGAAGUCGCCUAGGAUGUUACAGUAUAAACUCUUUAGUUGACAGUCCACAAGAAGCAAAACAAUAUAAACAAAAUUCUCUAUUUCCAACACCCGUAAGCACAUUUAAAUUCAACGUGCAACCGGAUGAGAUCUUGGUUCCCGGUGAUCGACCAGGAAUCCUGUUUUCCGUUCAUUCACAAUACGAAGCUGUGAAUCCUUUCGAAAGAGGUAUAUUCAUGAAAGCAGGGAGAUCCUACAAGAUUUAUGUUAACAUGGAACGAGAAAUCUUAUUGCCAUUACCAUAUAAAACGAACUGCACAAAUUACACUGAAGACUGGCUUGAAAACAACAGGAUUGGUCCAAGGUCGAAGAAGAUGUGCGUGCAGAAAUGUUUUUUUGAAUUUUCCUUGAAGGAAUUAAACUGCACGAUGAGCUUCAUUCUUUACCCGACAGAAACAAGAAUAUGUUCUGAUGAGGAAAUGAUGAGUGCUGAUUUCGAUCCGGAAGAGCUUGAUAAACUUUAUAAAUGUAUUGAGAAGUGUAAAGAUAAUUGUUUAAAAACGAAACGCUAUUUGGAAGUUCAAGAAAGAUAUGAGAGAGAAUUUGGCACUCCAAACGAAACGAUGGAAGAAUCAGGACUGAUCUCAGUAGAAAUUUAUCUAGAUAUGUAUGAAGUAGUACGCUUUCAACACAGGCCGCAAUACAGGGAUGUUGAAUUGUUUAGUGUCAUCGGUGGCUUCAUUGGCGUCUGGCUGGGAGUAUCGCUCGUGCAAGUCGUAGAUCUUCUUGAAUCCCUGUGCCGCAUAUUUACAUAUAUAUGUAGGAAAAAAUAUGCAAAAGAAUAGGUCUAAAUGCAUAUUUUUAAAAUGCACAUGUACUGAGAAAGACAUUAACUCUACAAAAAUAACUGCCAUUUUUUUCCCUCUUGGAAAUGGAAAAAUUUCAAGAUUGAUUCUUAGUUCUCUAACAAUUAGUAUAUGAAUUUUCAACAUUUUUUUCCGAUUACGUUCUUUAUUAUGAAAAAUUGUAAAGCGAGACUUCAGUUGUUGACUUUGUUAUUUUAAUUUUUAAUUUUAAUGCAGUUCCAUUCUUGCUGCAAAUUUGAUUUGAAACUAUCACUAACAGAUGUUUUUCAAGCUGCACAUUCAUUUGAUUGUAUCCUGUUAUUAUUUACAUUUGUUGUUUAGGUUGGGAAUAUAAAUGACUCAACUUUUGUUUUAAUAUUUUAUCAACAGACCUGUAUAUACAUUCUGUAAAAAUAAAAUUAUUUGAUCAAUA